GCUUUCUGGGCAGCCAGAGAGUCAGUCAGUAAACAUUUAUUAAACAAACCAACCCAGGGUCCUUGCCGGGAAGGAAACAAGGUUGGCACGAGGCCUACACCGAGAGGAACCUGAGGGGGCAGGAUGGGCAGCGUUCUCCCUUGGUCUUGCCCCCAGCCCGGGGAAGGUGGGGAAAGCGUCUGCAGUUCAAGCUCAGGUCUUCCGGCCUUGAGGCCCGGCACUCUAACCACUGCGCUGCCUCGGGGUAGGAGGAAGGAAAUGACGAGGUAUCAGAGGCACGCAGGCCCGGAUCCGGGCCUAAGCAAGACUGGCCGCCUAAGAGGAGGUUUAUUUCACCCCAGAAGCGACAGGGAGCCACGGGAGUUCCUUGGUUGGGCGUGGAGAGCGGAGCUUGUUCUCUUGGCUGCCCUGCCUCGCUGUCGUGGGCUCCACGUUAGUUCUCCUUUGCAGGAUCCUCGGUGGAUACCGCACGAGGGAAGAGGAGGGCUGGCAUAGGCCCCAAGAGGCGAGGCUCCUGUUCCGGGGGAAGGGGGGGACGGUGAAGAAGGGAACAUCAUCUCCAGGAAGUGACGCAGAGCAGAGCGGCUCCCGGCGGCCGGAGGUAGCAAGAGCCAUGGCAGAGGCGGAAGCGGAAGGAUGCUCCCUGCUGCCACCAAUGCCCCCUCAGGGGAUGGCGGAAGUGGAGGCGGCCGACGAAGCGGCGAUGAAGCAGUUCCGUGGAAGCGGCGCUGGCGGCAGCAGCGGGGUCGUAGGCAUGGACGUGGAGCGGAGUCGCUUCCCCUACUGCGUGGUGUGGACGCCCAUUCCCUUGCUCACGUGGGUUUUCCCCAUCAUUGGCCACAUGGGCAUCUGUACUUCCACGGGCAUCAUUCGGGACUUCGCAGGCCCCUACUAUGUCUCGGAAGACAAUAUGGCCUUUGGAAAGCCUGUGAAGUACUGGAAGCUGGACCCCUCCAAAGUGCACGCCGGCCGGCCCAACGCCUGGGACACGGCGGUCCAUGAGGCAUCGGAGGAAUAUAAACAUCGCAUGCACAACCUCUGCUGUGACAAUUGUCACUCCCACGUGGCCCUGGCCCUGAACCUGAUGCGCUACAACAACAGCUCCCACUGGAACAUGGUCAAAGUCUGCUUCUUCUGCCUGAUCUACGGGAAGUAUGUGAGCGUUGGGGCGUUUGUGAAGACCUGGCUCCCCUUCGUCCUCCUCUUGGGCAUCAUCGUCACCACUGCCUUCGUCUUCAACCUGCGGUGAUGGCUGCACCUCCAGCUGUGGCGGGAGUCCGGAGGCCCCGGCCGGAAGGAGGCCGGGCCUGGCGCACACUCCCUGCCCCGCUGUCCCGAGCGACGCAGGGCCGAGACGCACGCAGAUACUCCUCCCUCCCAAAAGUAGCAGAGCUGCCCCUGAGCCUGGAGCCAGGGUCCUUAACAGCCAAAACUCGAGACAGAUGCUGACCCUGGAAGGCCCAGGGCCUCCUAGUCCUGUUUCAGCCCAGGCCCUUCAUCUUCUCCCUACCCCUGGGUGGAGCAGCUGUGGUCCUCACCUUGUGGGGUCUGUCAGGGAAGGGGGCUGGCUCUCCUCCCGAGGCCAGAAUCCUUCCCUCCCCUUCCCACUGAGCCCUGUAGCCUGGCCCAGCCCGCCUCGGCUCCCAUCCCAGGCUCCCCAGGCCUUUCCUUCUCAUCCCUGUCUGGGGAGGGACAGAGGGUCUGGCACAGAUUGAGUCACUCUAGCCUAGCGGAGGCCCAGUGUUAGCCAAGAUGCCCCAGCAAAGGCAGUGGGUCAGGGCCUGUCUUGGGGAAUGAGGUGCCCUGGUCUCCCCCAGGCUAAUCUCUGGUUCCCUUCUCUGCCUGGAAUAGGUAAUGAAUUGGGAGGGUUGGGCUAAUAACUGCUACAAUCGCCCAGAAGGGGGGCAGCAGAUGUCCGGCCUUCACCCCUCCUCAGAGGCAUGGGCCCCGCUCAGGUCCCUCCCCUUGCUCAGGGCCUUGUCCUCUAGUUUAGGGCAGAAGAUGGUCGGCUGCCCCUAUUUCUCCCCUGUCUGCUCUACUAUGGAGGGAGACGUGUCAGCAAUUCCUGGCCCAAGCAGGAAGCCCCACUUGUGCAGGCUUAUAGUUCUUCCAGUAACCCCGGUGUGAGGGCGGGAGGACUGAACCACAGUGGGAACUCCAAAGGGAUAUGGAUCACUACGCCCAGUGCCACACUGACCAGCCCUGAGCCUCGCCUCUCGAAGGGGUGCUCCGGGGGCACUUCCUGGGGCACCUCUAGUCCCCCCUUUUUUAUGUUAUGUGAUUGGGGCCUGGCCCCUCCAGUCCCCUGCCAAGCAGAUCUAGCCUGCUGUGUCCCUGACCCUUGGAAGGAAAGGGGGCUCGCCAGGCAGGGCCAAUAAAGAGCCUUGACUCCA